UUUAUUUGGUGAAUGGUGAGUGAUCCUGCAGUGGUAAUAAUUAAUGAAAUGUCGGAUCUUUAUGGAAGCAAUGAAUCUGAAGAAGAUAUUUCUUCUUUUCUUCAAAUACUUCUCCAGAAUCCCUCGUCUUCAGCUCCUCCAACCACCGCUCCUCCGGCUGCCGGCGAGUUUUUCAUCGCCGGAGAGGCGGUGCCGGUGCCGGAGCCUUCCUCCGGCAUCGAUAUCUCCGACCCCAGCUGCUUCUUUGGAAGAGAUUAUGAUGGACUAAACCCUUCUAGCAGUGUCAAGAACCUUGCUUCCAGCUCCGAGGAACCAGAAGGUAGUGAUGCACCGGGCAAUCCGUCUCUACCGCAUUCAUCAAAGAGAAGAAGAGCUGCAGAAGUUCAUAAUUUGUCAGAAAAGAGGAGGCGAAGUCGCAUUAACGAGAAGCUCAAGGCACUUCAAAAUCUAAUUCCAAAUUCUAAUAAAACCGACAAGGCGUCGAUGUUGGAUGAGGCCAUUGAAUAUCUGAAACAGCUUCAACUCCAAGUUCAGAUGUUAACAAUGAGAAACGGAUUAAGUUUACACCCUGGCUAUUCACUCGGAUCGUUGCAAUCAAUGUUAGCACCCUCAUCAGACGGAUUGGAGUUGAACGAGCAGAACAACGCGUUGCUCAAUGCAAAUAGAGGGGCGGGCCCACUUACCUCCGACCAAGAUUUUUUCAUCCAACAUAAUAAUAAUAAUCUCGAACCCACCAAUCAGAGUUCCUCGAACAACCAGCCAAUGCUCGUGCCCUCCACUUCAAAUACCCCACCUAGUUUAGUGCCACAUCUGAUGCAAAAUCAUUAUGGAUUGCUUAACCAUUUUGCCUCCGGAAAGGAUAUUUGUAGGGACGAUAAUACAUUGUCUCGAUUGCAAUUAGAUAGGAGUUACAACUCGGGGAACAAUUCAUCACCGGGGGUUUCUUCGUAGCUAGUAAAAAAUAAAUGAUUGCAAAGGGUCUUAGGUAUUGUGAUUUAAUAAUUUUCUUCUAAUUAUUGAAUUAUAAUUUUUUUUUUAAUUUUUUUAAAUUUUUUAUUUUCUCCAGUUUAUAGAUGAACAUACAUAAAUUGUUGGGGAUGUUUCACUUUCAAGAUUUGAGAUGAUUAUUGUCAAAUUUAUGCUGGAAAGUCUAAUAUUAAUGUGGUGUGUUUUUGUGACUGAAAACAUAUUUGGUGGCAACAAAGGCCCACUUUUUUGGCGG